CCGGCAGGCAGACAACUCUCUCCUUUGACCUCAUUGGCUGCAACUGGGUGGGGCUAAAAAUACCAAGCUUGUAUGUGGUGGACAAGACUUUAGGUGUAAGUACAGAUCUUCCUGCUAUCAAAGGUCCCGACACUUCAGAUGUGUGUGAUAUGAGAGGCAUGAACCAGGCAUGUUUAUGGCUGUAGCCGUAAUGGGAACUCUCGUGCCGUGGAGGUGGAAUAUGUGCCUGCUGGUGUGAGGAGCUAACUCCUGUUGUCUUACGUGGUGUCCAGUUUUGAAAGCAUGAUUACACCAACACUGGGUUUGCAUGUUAGAGUUGGAACAGAUAACAAGCCCUGACAUACUGUGCUGCGUGUAAGUGUUGUGCUGUGUACUGUUGUGCUGUGGACUGUUGUGCUGUGUACUGUAGAGAGACUCCACCCAUGUCAGGUGGCGGACCACCGAGGCCACAUGGGGAGAUAACGUUACUAUCAAUGGGAUGUAGAACCUUACAACACACGACACUGAACAUGAUAGUGUGGGACGUCUGAACACAUGCUGAAAGUGGAUUUACAUACAGUAUGUGGAGACAAAAGGAGGCUCAGAUAACCCACUCUGUGUAUGUCAAGCAAGACCACUCUGGUAGAGGAGGAACCAUCGACCCAGAGGAACGGUUUACGAAGCUAGAGAAGAUUGGCAAAGGUUCAUUUGGUGAAGUGUUCAAAGGAAUUGACAAUGAGACUAAUCAGGUUGUGGCCAUCAAAAUAAUUGACUUGGAAGAAGCAGAAGAUGAAAUUGAGGACAUUCAGCAGGAGAUUAUGGUGCUGUCCCAGUGCGACAGCCUGUUUGUUACCAAAUACUAUGGCUCCUAUCUCAAGGGCUCAAAGUUGUGGAUCCUUAUGGAAUACUUGGGCGGUGGAUCUGCCUUGGACCUGAUGAAGGCUGGACCUUUCACAGAAAAUGACAUAGCAAUCAUCAUUAGGGAAAUUCUUAAAGGAUUAGAUUACCUUCACUCAGAGAGGAAAUUACAUAGAGAUAUUAAAGCUGCUAAUGUGUUGUUAUCGGAAAACGGAGAUGUGAAGCUUGCAGACUUCGGUGUAGCGGGUCAGUUAACAAAUACAACCAAUAAACGGCAAACGUUUGUGGGCACGCCAUUCUGGAUGGCACCAGAAGUCAUUAAACAGUCCGCCUAUGAUACGAAGGCUGACAUAUGGAGUUUAGGCAUUACAGCAAUCGAGUUGGCCAAGGGGGAACCCCCCAACUCAGACCUCCAUCCUAUGAGGGUCCUCUUCCUCAUCCCCAAGAACAAUCCGCCUCAGUUAGUGGGCAACUAUAGUAGACAAUUUAAAGAAUUUGUGGAGCUUUGUCUGAACAAAGAUCCAAACAAUAGACCGUCCGCGAAGGAGUUGUUGCGGCAUCAGUACAUGAGAAGAGCCAGGAAGACGGGCUACCUGGUGGAGUUGAUAGACCGCCACAAGCGAUGGAAGGCAGAACGGGCCAAUGAAAGCGACAGCGACGAUGACAGUGAUGAUUCUGAUAAUGGCAGCGAUGAAGAAGUCAUGAAGGAGGGAUGGAUCAUGACUGUGAAGGAAGCUGACAGGACAUUGAUGAUGAAUGGCUUGAAUGAACAAAUGGCUCGUGUAAAUAACCCAGUGCCUAAACGCCAGGCACCCCCUGUGCCACCCCCACAGAGUGACAAUUCACUUCUCAUUGAGAACAAUCGUGGUCGGGGGUUUAAGCAAGAUAUGCCUCCUCCUCCAUACCCCAAACCUUAUGGUAUGGGCGUAGGGCAAAAACCGCACUCUGCCCAUAACCUGUAUCCAGGCCCAGUACAACAUGUCAGUGGUGGUCAAGUUAAUCAUGGUCGAAGUGAGUCUGCCCCUGUUUUGACAGAGUCCCAAAAUGAUUUCUCCCAAGGCUCUAAACAUCUCCGUAGUCGGUCGGACAUUGCUCAGCCCGUCACACCACCCAAAUAUAAUACACCCCCUCAACAGGAACGUUACGCCAUGAGGCCUAAAUCUCAAUACGAUAUGCCAAACAAUAGCCAUUCCAAUCCCCGGCCUACCCCGCCACCUCAGUAUGGCCGUCCACCACAUGGGUAUUCCAAUCAAGCCAAGCAGCAUGCACCUCAGCCGCCCAGACAGAAGGAGAAUGACAUCCAGCCUUCACCGUCGGCUACUCUCACCUGUGCGAUACACCCCACACUCUCUCAGCUGAAAGACGACUAUCGCGAUGAGUACAGGCGCCUGGGACGUCCCGUCCAGAAAACGGAGGCCAUUGAUGAGUUGCAGAAUGCAUUUGAUCUGGCUGAGAAGUCCUGUCCCGGGCUGGCUGAUGACCUCAUCUCUGGGAUACUCAAUCGUUUAGGGACACCAUCUUUGAGUGAAAUGGACAUUAGACGGGCAGUGGACAAAGUCAAAAGACCUUCCUAGGACCAACUUGAGUGAGCGACUGUAACAACUCCUACUGCACUGUUGUUACACUGUAUAUAGACAAUUCCAAGAUAACUACUACGCCAAUUACUGACUUGAUGCCGAUGUGGACUGACGGAGCUCAUGAACGUUACAUGAACAGUCUGCAUCUACCGACACCAUUCCUAAACUUAGUAGCUGCAGAUGUCAUCGUCGCUCCGGGAUAACCAGAGAUCCUGAAACAGGUUCCUGGAUUUUGUUCUGCAUUGCCAGCGGUUUCAUCUUCAUCAGCUUGUUGGUGGUGAGGAGUUGUAUAGGAGGAGUUAUGUCCCCUGUAUAGGAAGAGUUAUGUCCCCUGUGUAGGAAGCGAUGUCCCCUACAACAGCAGAAAGAGCAAUACCAUGGAAACAGUUGAGUUCAAAGUUGGAUAGUGCUCGUUUUUGUGUUUCAUACAGGUUUUGUUGGAGCAGUACUCCUUGAACUGUUGCUUGGGAAGAAAAGGUGUCUAUGAAGGUUUUCUCUCAAAUAUUCACAAGAUGUAUUUGUGCUUGAUCAUGUGGAAUUGUGCCAUGAUGUGAGCGUUGACCAAACAUGAGCUUGAGAUCUUCCAAUGUAGAUUAUUUCAUUGAUUCCAUUUGUUGUUGCACUUUAUGAGAAGCGGGAUGGAUCAGACGCUGAUGCCAUGCUUUCGAGAUGGUUAUUGUCACCUGGUGGAUCAGACGCUGAUGCCGUGCUUAUGAGAUCGUUAUUGUCACCUGGUGGAUCAGACGCUGAUGCCGUGCUUACGAGAUCAUCAUUCUGACCUGAUGGAUCAGACUCUGAUGUCAUGCUUACGAGAUCGUUAUUGCCACCUGUUUGAUCAGACGCUGAUGCCGUGCUUACAAGAUCUUCAUUGUCACCUGGUGGAUCAGACGCUGAUGCCAUGCUUACGAGAUCAUCAUUGUCACCUGGUGGAUCAGACGCUGAUGCUGUGCUGACAGAUCGCCAUGUGACCUGACAGAUCAGAUCGUCCUCGACAAUCACAGUUGAACACAAAGCCUACUACGGCUUGUAUUUGCAAAUGUUUGUGUUAGAUGUUCCUUUGUCAUGCAGGAGGAUGGAGACGUAAACGUUGAUCGCAGUGAACGAUUCAUCAACCUUCUGUAGGAACUAGGCGUACACGAGCCAGUGUGUGAUCACAUUCAGGUUCCUGUCAACGAGGGAAACAAUGCAGCCAAUUUAAUUACUAACACCACUUGUUCCAUUGGGGAAGAGUGUAUGUUGUAUUCCAUACUAACAUAUAGGUAUCCUCAAAGUAAACUCCAUUGUUAACCUGACUGCAAUCUAUUGUAUGCAACAGCAGUAUGUAUACUUCAUGCACAUGUGUAUUCCAAUGAAUCAGUGAUAUCGUAGUGUAGCCGAUCAUGUAAUGAUAUGUACCGGUAGUCCGUGAUGACCCAGAGUUAAGUGGAUGUAUGUAAGGGGGGUAACUCUCACACAUCUGUAUUGGCAGUGCAUUCCAGUAUUACCAUAUUGAGAUACCUCUUUCUCAGUCCGUCACUUAAAUCCACUGUGUAGAUUUGCCUCGCAUGUGUCAAGGUUUGGACAGUAAAAUUUCCUACCUGAAAUACUCGUUUCUAAGAUCCUGCGUUACGAAGUGACCCCACUGGCCAGCACUUCACGGUACUGUACUCCAGUAUUUAUAACGGAACAGCCUCCAUGGUGCAUGUUCAAAGUCAUAGGGAAGUGACUAUGAUAGGGGUAGAAAUUCCGGUAACAGAUUUUACAGGUGUCAUCUUUGCCGUGCUAUUGCUGUAUAUGUGAGACCUGCAGGUCUGAUGCAUCUGUGUCAUAGGAAUCAUUCUGUAUCUACUGGUUUAUUUAUGAAACGUAUUUAGCCACCUUGUGCCAAUAGCUGCAGCUAUUUCUUAGUAUAUGUCUGGGGGUUGGGAAAAUAUCUUCUUUCUUUACUGUUUCAACUGAUGGAUCAGGUGUCUGUUUGGCUAUUCACAUCGGUGGCAGCUGUCGCUAUGGUUACUCAGUUGGUAUCGGGUGGUAUCCAAGUGGCUUUGGGACCUCAACUCAACCAAUGUGACUGGUAACACAGCGCCAGUUGUCACUGUGGUUACAUUGGUGGUACUAUGGUUACACACAUUUUGGUUGAUUACACACAAUGGUGGAAGUUGUCACUAUGGUUACAUACAGUGGUGGAAGCUGUCACCAUGGUUGCACAAAUUGGUGGCUGCUGUCACUAUGGUUACACAGUGGUGGCUGCUGUCACUAUGGUUACACACAGUUGGUGGAAGUUGUCAAUAUGGUUACACACAGUGGUGGAAGCUGUCACCAUGGUUGCACAAAUUGGUGGCAGCUGUCACUAUGGAUACACACAGUGGUGGCUGCUGUCACUAUGGUUACACACAGUGGUGGCUGCUGUCACUGUGGUUACACACAGUGGUGGAAGUUGUCACUAUGGUUACACAAAUUGGUGGCUGCUGUCACUAUGGUUACACACAGUGGUGGAAGCUGUCACCAUGGUUGCACAAAUUGGUGGCUGCUGUCACUAUGGUUACACACAGUGGUGGAAGCUGUCACCAUGGCUACAUUUUUCGUAUGUUGUACAAGUGCAGGACACUCAGGCUUAUGGCUCUUCUUGUAUAUGGUUAUAUUUUGUUGGCAAUGUUCAAUUUUGAGUUUGAUUUACCAAGUUAAGUUCAAUCCACUGUUUAUUUAGAAAUGCAAGUUAUGAAACACUUUCAAAGUUGUGUGUGUACAGAACCUCUUAAAGCUUAAACAUAUGAAGCCAAGUACCAUACACUGUAUGUGAACAGAAUAUGACAUGUUGUUGCAAGUCUAGAAACUUGUGUGAACCAGUAAUGGAGACCUCAUCCAUACACCCUUUCUACUCGCUGAUAUGGAACAAAUUAGUAGCCUGUCUGACAUGAUACCAAGUAGGACUUCAGUGGACCUUUGUAUGGUUCUGUAGAAUGCCCACUGUCGGUGCCAGGGUGGUAUGUAUAGGUAGGGGGUGCCAGGGUGGUAUGUAUAGGUAGGGGGUGCCAGGGUGGUAUGUAUAGGUAGGGGGGGGGCCAGGGUGGUACGUAUAGGUAGGGGGGUGCCAGGGUGGUGUGGUAUAGGUAGGGGGGUGCCAGGGUGGUAUGUAUAGGUAGGGGGGUGCCAGGGUGGUGUGGUAUAGGUAGGGGGGUGCCAGGGUGGUAUGUAUAGGUAGGGGGGGCCAGUGUGGUAUGUAUAGGUAGGGGGGUGCCAGGGUGGUGUGGUAUAGGUAGGGGGGUGCCAGGGUGGUGUGUAUAGGUAGGGGGGUGCCAGGGUGGUAUGUAUAGGUAGGGGGGUGUCCUGGCCGGCGUGGUAUGUAUAGGUAGGGGGGUGCCAGGGUGGUAUGUAUAGGUAGGGGGGUGCCAGGGUGGUAUGUAUAGUUAGGGGGGGGCCAGGGUGGUGUGGUAUAGGUAGGGGGAGCCAGGGUGGUAUGUAUAGGUAGGGGGGUGCCGGGGUGGUAUGUAUAGGUAGGGGGGUGCCGGGGUGGUAUGUAUAGAUAGGGGGGGCUGGGGUGGUACGUAUAGGUAGGGGGGUGCCAGUGUGGUAUGUAUAGGUAGGGGGGUGCCAGUGUGGUAUGUAUAGGUAGGGGGGUGCCAGUGUGGUAUGUAUAGGUAGGGGGGUGCCAGUGUGGUAUGUAUAGGUAGGGGGGGCUGGGGUGGUGUGUAUAGGUAGGGGGGUGCCGGGGUGGUAUGUAUAGAUAGGGGGGGCUGGGGUGGUACGUAUAGGUAGGGGGGUGCCAGGGUGGUGUGGUAUAGGUAGGGGGGUGCCAGUGUGGUAUGUAUAGGUAGGGGGGUGCCAGUGUGGUAUGUAUAGGUAGGGGGGUGCCAGUGUGGUAUGUAUAGGUAGGGGGGUGCCAGUGUGGUAUGUAUAGGUAGGGGGGGGCUGGGGUGGUAUGUAUAGGUAGGGGGGUGCCAGGGUGGUAUGUAUAGGUAGGGGGGUGCCAGCAGGGGUGGUAUGAAACAGGGAUGAACUGCGGUGGUGUAGGCAAAGACCAAUGACAUUCUGUACUUUGACACAAAGAAAUGGAGAUGGCCACAUGAAGAUCCACUCAUGUAACAGUCCAGACUUAUGAAAUAUGCUGUCUUUACCUGAAUACAUACCACAAACAUAUGUUACCUAGGAAACAAAUUUGUAUUUCUUAAGUGAUGUAUUUUGUGCUGUUGUCAUAUGUAUUAGGGUCGGGAAGAUUCACAGUACAUCUUAUUUCACUAUGACAAUUUAAUCAGGUCGCUGUAUCGAUACGAGAUGAUACAAAGUCUUCAGUAUGGAACCAAAUUUUGACUGGGCACAGUAAAUUUCAGUUCAUCGUAGCAUUUUUCAGAGUUUGGCUUGUUUUCAUCUAUAAAAUAUAAACUCAGAGACAAUGUUCUUGGAUAAACUUUACGAUCUUGUGUAUCGUGAUACUUAUUGUAUAGUGACUUUGUGUAUCGUAUCGUAUCGUAUCGUGAUACUUAUUGUAUAGUGACUUUGUGUGUCGUAUCGUAUCAUAUCGUGACUUUGUUUCGCCCCGACUUUGUGUGUAUCCAAUGGUUACAGAGGGCAGGAAAGAUGUAUGGAUGAGGUAAAGAGGUGUGGUAAUGUGAAACAUUGAAACAUAUCAUAUGUGUCAGAUCUUAUUUAUGUAUAUACCAAACUAGAGAGAUAUAUAUUGUGUAGCUGUCACUCCAAGCUAUACUAUGUGAUGCACAGUGUGUAAACAUCUGUUGUGUUAAUAAUUGGAGCAAAUUAUGUCUGCCACAGUCCUGUGCUACACAUAUAUUUUAUUUUUGAUUUAAUAAUGUAUAUAUGGAGACAAUUCAUAAAUGUGUACAGUAUAUCUAACAAUGUAUGAUAGAAAUAAUUUUGUAUUGUGUGCAAAAUUCUACAUUUUUGGCUGUAUAUUUCUUUCUUGUUUUUAUAUGUGUUCAUUUUAAUCACUGAACCUGUUGUACUUUUCAUGUAGUGUCAGUAACCACUUAGUAUUGUUUCAAAUCCAUCCAUCUUAUGGAGGUGGUCUUGUGCACCGUCAGUGACAGGUGUAACGCUAGGUAGAGUUAUGUCCCUUAGAUGCAAGGAUCUGCUGCUUGGUUUGAAUUCCCGAUCUGCCCUGAUUAAGAUCCUUGGUUUGUUAGCAUCAUAGCCCUACUGGAUUUCAAUGAUGUGGUAAACAUGUAAGACCUGCGUCACUUUGGGCUUUCCUCCCACCUGCUGCAAAUGUAAGACUGGGUACCGCUCUAAGUGGUGGUAAGUUUUGACGGCAAUAGUAGAAUUGUCACUCCCAUGACAGGAAGAUGGGAUAGCCUAGUGGGGAGAGCGUUCACUUGAAGAAGGUUAUGGGUUCGAUCCCCACUUCAUUAAGCCCAUUCUCGAUAUCCAUCAUUCUGCUAAUGAUGUGUUUAGAGCAGCCAAAGACCAUUCUGAAUCUACCCCCCCACCCCCCAUAAUGCAGCUAUAGACAGAAUGGUUAGUGAGUCAUUGUUUGAAAUAUUGCUUUUAAAGAAGUAUUGAUUUUUUGAUGAAUGAAUUUGAAACGAUCUAUUUAUUGUUAGUGGAAACAAACCACCUAUCAGUCGAGGAAUUACAGUUAUAUGAACUUUUGCUGGGCAAAUUGUAAAUAGGAAUGUGUAUACUUUGUAGUAAGCAGAUGAUGUAGGCUGUACAUAGCUACUGACUGAGGGUUAUCAUGUUAACAUAGGAAAUAACAGUGGAUGACAUUUGAAAUAAGGCUUAGAAAAUAUUCUUGCUUCUCAGACCCUGCAUGUAUUACCUGCAUGAAAUCUGCUUUAAAAAAGCAUCCAAACCAAGGUAACACUCUUUUUUCACACCAAAAAAGAGGCCACCCCAGACUCCUCCUCUUAUUAGUAAUGGCUAGAGAACAAACUGUUUCUGUUUUCCAGCCAAAUGCCCCGACUGUAUGCUCCAUAUAUAAUGAUAGUCUGUAUAAGGGGAAUGUUAGUUUGGAUAGUAUCCUCACACACGGUCUCAUCCUUCUAACUAGAUCACCUGUCAAUACUUGACCGAUUUGUAUACACCGGUUCCUCCAUCACCCGUGAAUACAUAUGGCCGCUGUGCAGUGUAAUAGUGUCUGUUUUAGUCCUUGAAAUGAGGGUGUGUAUGACACCUAGAAGUCCGAUGACCCGUCCUGUGCGUGAUCUGUGUGUGGUCCCUACGUUGCCUGAUACUGAAGCAGUGUGUAGAGCAGGUGGACGCAAGGCUGUGACAUGCUCUGGUCUCCAUCUUCCUGGGACCAGGCCUUGAUGCUGUGGGUAAAAGUAGCAGCUACAUAUCGGACAGAUGUAUUCACACAUGGAGUAGAGCAGGUGGACGCAAGGCUGUGACAUGCUCUGGUCUCCAUCUUCCUGGGACCAGGCCUUGAUGCUGUGGGUAAAAGUAGCAGCUACAUAUCGGACAGAUGUAUUCACACAUGGAGUAGAGCAGGUGGACGCAAGGCUGGGACAUGCUCUGGUCUCCAUCUUCCUGGGACCAGGCCUUGAUGCUGUGGGUAAAAGUAGCAGCUACAUAUCAGACAGAUGUAUUCACACAUGGAGUAGAGCAGGUGGACGCAAGGCUGGGACAUGCUCUGGUCUCCAUCUUCCUGGGACCAGGCCUUGAUGCUGUGGGUAAAAGUAGCAGCUACAUAUCGGACAGAUGUAUUCACACAUGGAGUAGAGCAGGUGGACGCAAGGCUGGGACAUGCUCUGGUCUCCAUCUUCCUGGGACCAGGCCUUGAUGCUGUGGGUAAAAGUAGCAGCUACAUAUCAGACAGAUGUAUUCACACAUGGAUUAGAGCAGGUGGACGCAAGGCUGGGACAUGCUCUGGUCUCCAUCUUCCUGGGACCAGGCCUUGAUGCUGUGGGUAAAAGUAGCAGCUACAUAUCGGACAGAUGUAUUCACACAUGGAGUAGAGCAGGUGGACGCAAGGCUGUGACAUGCUCUGGUCUCCAUCUUCCUGGGACCAGGCCUUGAUGCUGUGGGUAAAAGUAGCAGCUACAUAUCGGACAGAUGUAUUCACACAUGGAGUAGAGCAGGUGGACGCAAGGCUGUGACAUGCUCUGGUCUCCAUCUUCCUGGGACCAGGCCUUGAUGCUGUGGGUAAAAGUAGCAGCUACAUAUCAGACAGAUGUAUUCACACAUGGAGUAGAGCAGGUGGACGCAAGGCUGUGACAUGCUCUGGUCUCCAUCUUCCUGGGACCAGGCCUUGAUGCUGUGGGUAAAAGUAGCAGCUACAUAUCAGACAGAUGUAUUCACACAUGGAGUAGAGCAGGUGGACGCAAGGCUGUGACAUGCUCUGGUCUCCAUCUUCCUGGGACCAGGCCUUGAUGCUGUGGGUAAAAGUAGCAGCUACGUAUCAGACAGAUGUAUUCACACAUGGAGUAGAGCAGGUGGACGCAAGGCUGUGACAUGCUCUGGUCUCCAUCUUCCUGGGACCAGGCCUUGAUGCUGUGGGUAAAAGUAGCAGCUACAUAUCGGACAGAUGUAUUCACACAUGGAGUAGAGCAGGUGGACGCAAGGCUGUGACAUGCUCUGGUCUCCAUCUUCCUGGGACCAGGCCUUGAUGCUGUGGGUAAAAGUAGCAGCUACAUAUCAGACAGAUGUAUUCACACAUGGAGUAGAGCAGGUGGACGCAAGGCUGUGACAUGCUCUGGUCUCCAUCUUCCUGGGACCAGGCCUUGAUGCUGUGGGUAAAAGUAGCAGCUACAUAUCAGACAGAUGUAUUCACACAUGGAGUAGAGCAGGUGGACGCAAGGCUGUGCCAUGCUCUGGUCUCCGUCUUCCUGGGACCAGGCCUUGAUGCUGUGGGUAAAAGUAGCAGCUACAUAUCGGACAGAUGUAUUCACACAUGGAGUAGAGCAGGUGGACGCAAGGCUGUGCCAUGCUCUGGCCUCCAUCUUCCUGGGACCAGGCCUUGAUGCUGUGGGUAAAAGUAGCAGCUACAUAUCAGACAGAUGUAUUCACACAUGGAGUAGAGCAGGUGGACGCAAGGCUGUGACAUGCUCUGGUCUCCAUCUUCCUGGGACCAGGCCUUGAUGCUGUGGGUAAAAGUAGCAGCUACAUAUCGGACAGAUGUAUUCACACAUGGAGUAGAGCAGGUGGACGCAAGGCUGGGACAUGCUCUGGUCUCCAUCUUCCUGGGACCAGGCCUUGAUGCUGUGGGUAAAAGUAGCAGCUACAUAUCAGACAGAUGUAUUCACACAUGGAGUAGAGCAGGUGGACGCAAGGCUGGGACAUGCUCUGGUCUCCAUCUUCCUGGGACCAGGCCUUGAUGCUGUGGGUAAAAGUAGCAGCUACAUAUCGGACAGAUGUAUUCACACAUGGAGUAGAGCAGGUGGACGCAAGGCUGUGACAUGCUCUGGUCUCCAUCUUCCUGGGACCAGGCCUUGAUGCUGUGGGUAAAAGUAGCAGCUACAUAUCGGACAGAUGUAUUCACACAUGGAUUAGAGCAGGUGGACGCAAGGCUGUGACAUGCUCUGGUCUCCAUCUUCCUGGGACCAGGCCUUGAUGCUGUGGGUAAAAGUAGCAGCUACAUAUCGGACAGAUGUAUUCACACAUGGAGUAGAGCAGGUGGACGCAAGGCUGUGACAUGCUCUGGUCUCCAUCUUCCUGGGACCAGGCCUUGAUGCUGUGGGUAAAAGUAGCAGCUACAUAUCGGACAGAUGUAUUCACACAUGCAGUAGAGCAGGUGGACGCAAGGCUGUGACAUGCUCUGGUCUCCAUCUUCCUGGGACCAGGCCUUGAUGCUGUGGGUAAAAGUAGCAACUACAUAUCGGACAGAUGUAUUCACACAUGGAGUAGAGCAGGUGGACGCAAGGCUGUGACAUGCUCUGGUCUCCAUCUUCCUGGAACCAGGCCUUGAUGCUGUGGGUAAAAGUAGCAGCUACAUAUCAGACAGAUGUAUUCACACAUGGAGUAGAGCAGGUGGACGCAAGGCUGGGACAUGCUCUGGUCUCCAUCUUCCUGGGACCAGGCCUUGAUGCUGUGGGUAAAAGUAGCAGCUACAUAUCGGACAGAUGUAUUCACACAUGGAGUAGAGCAGGUGGACGCAAGGCUGUGCCAUGCUCUGGUCUCCAUCUUCCUGGGACCAGGCCUUGAUGCUGUGGGUAAAAGUAGCAGCUACAUAUCGGACAGAUGUAUUCACACAUGGAGUAGAGCAGGUGGACGCAAGGCUGUGCCAUGCUCUGGUCUCCAUCUUCCUGGGACCAGGCCUUGAUGCUGUGGGUAAAAGUAGCAGCUACAUAUCAGACAGAUGUAUUCACACAUGGAGUAGAGCAGGUGGACGCAAGGCUGUGACAUGCUCUGGUCUCCAUCUUCCUGGGACCAGGCCUUGAUGCUGUGGGUAAAAGUAGCAGCUACAUAUCAGACAGAUGUAUUCACACAUGGAGUAGAGCAGGUGGACGCAAGGCUGUGCCAUGCUCUGGUCUCCAUCUUCCUGGGACCAGGCCUUGAUGCUGUGGGUAAAAGUAGCAACUACAUAUCGGACAGAUGUAUUCACACAUGGAGUAGAGCAGGUGGACGCAAGGCUGUGACGUGCUCUGGUCUCCAUCUUCCUGGGACCAGGCCUUGAUGCUGUGGGUAAAAGUAGCAGCUACAUAUCGGACAGAUGUAUUCACACAUGGAGUAGAGCAGGUGGACGCAAGGCUGGGACAUGCUCUGGCCUCCAUCUUCCUGGGACCAGGCCUUGAUGCUGUGGGUAAAAGUAGCAGCUACAUAUCGGACAGAUGUAUUCACACAUGGAGUAGAGCAGGUGGACGCAAGGCUGUGCCAUGCUCUGGUCUCCAUCUUCCUGGGACCAGGCCUUGAUGCUGUGGGUAAAAGUAGCAGCUACAUAUCGGACAGAUGUAUUCACACAUGGAGUAGAGCAGGUGGACGCAAGGCUGGGACAUGCUCUGGUCUCCAUCUUCCUGGGACCAGGCCUUGAUGCUGUGGGUAAAAGUAGCAGCUACAUAUCGGACAGAUGUAUUCACUCAUGGAGUAGAGCAGGUGGACGCAAGGCUGUGACGUGCUCUGGUCUCCAUCUUCCUGGGACCAGGGGUUGAUGCUGUGGGUAAAAGUAGCAACUACAUAUCGGACAGAUGUAUUCACACAUGGAGUAGAGCAGGUGGAUGCAAGGCUGUGACGUGCUCUGGUCUCCAUCUUCCUGGGACCAGGCCUUGAUGCUGUGGGUAAAAGUAGCAACUACAUAUCGGACAGAUGUAUUCACACAUGGAGUAGAGCAGGUGGACGCAAGGCUGUGACGUGCUCUGGUCUCCAUCUUCCUGGGACCAGGCCUUGAUGCUGUGGGUAAAAGUAGCAACUACAUAUCAGACAGAUGUAUUCACACAUGGAGUAGAGCAGGUGGACGCAAGGCUGGGACAUGCUCUGGUCUCCAUCUUCCUGGGACCAGGCCUUGAUGCUGUGGGUAAAAGUAGCAACUACAUAUCGGACAGAUGUAUUCACACAUGGAGGAUGUGGUGUAUUCAAUCCUGUGAAGUAUUCUUGAUGCCUAGAUCACUAAUCCUAAGUAUAUACAAUGUUUAACUGAAUAACCCACAAAUAACCCUAUUCAUAGCAUCAUUGGAAAUAGUAAGGCUGUUUAUCAGCUUUAGAUACAGAGAAAUAUAUAUAUGUAUGCACGAUACGAACAAAGUGUCUUGCUGUGUUUGCGAUGGCAUUAGAUGAUGAGAGUUAAUGUUAAGCAUGUGGUACAUGCAACAACUACGAUGAAAGUUAUCUUCAUAUAUCAUGCUUGGCAUAAAUAUGGUGUUUAAUUUAUUUUUCUAUAUCUGUAAUAGAUAUAUGCUCUGAUAGGGCCUGAUCAUCUCAUUCCCUCCCCCACCAUGUAUACAGCAGCAUCGUCACCCACAGCAGCAUCGUCUCCCACAACACCAGGAACAUUUCACCUCACAGAGAUCGACUUGUUGAUCCUUGACAGAUAUCUCCCUUCCAUAUUGCAGUCUCAAUCUUACAUCACUGCUGUUAAUUGACAAACUAAUUUCUUAAUAGAUUUACAUGUGUAAUUAUUCCCAUUGAGCUGUGCUGUGUAGUACGGUUAAAGCUUACAGAGUAAUGUUCCUAUCUGCUUGUUUCAGGGCUGAUGAAGUAAUGCUGGAGAAAUUCAAGCAACUCUUUUGUUAUAAAUCAGCCCUAAAGAUGAAGUUGUUUAGCUGAUGUGCCAAGAAAUAUGUUGAUUUGCAUGUUGUCGAUUUGAAAUUCUAAUCGUUAAUUAGUUUCUAUUGUGUAUAAGCUCUAAGGACUGUUGAAUUUUUCUUUCUUCCCAUGAGAACAGUUUUGGAUUUAUUAGGUACAUUGGUUUAAUCCAAACAGGUUUAAAUACACUUUACUUUCUUUCUGGGUAGAAAGAUAUUCAUGAAUAUGAGUGAAGUCCAAGUUUCCAACGACAGAGGACUUGAAGAGCCAGUGUCGGGUUCCAUAUUCCUAUAUGAGACCAACGGUUAUAUUUUAUUAACUCACUUAAUAUAUCUGUAGUGGAAUAUAGUUACUUGUAUUAUAAACAUUCUUACAACAUUGGGUAAUGGGUUGCCGUACAUUUGAACUGAAAGAGGGGAGACACCAGGCCGCCUAGCUAUGUAUACUGUGGUCACUGGGAAUCUUUGCUGUCAAUGAGAAGAUUUUGGUAGGCGGUAAUCCGUCUCGUCCCCUUCUUCCAUUUUGAAACCAGUGAUCUGUCUCGGUUGUGUAAUAGCGUCGGUCUGCUGUUGGCAGCCAUGUUGAUUGGUAUGAUAAAACUGAUGUAGGACACUUCUUCUUUCUGACACACUACUAAUCUCUACAUCUGAUUGAUAUUAAUCCAGUCCAUUUCUUGUAAAAUAUAAUGAUAUUCAAAUAAACAUGAUGAAAACUGA